ACGCACUGAAUGUUAAUAUUUUAAAAGUCUACAGUCUAACUGGUGUUCUUGUUAGAAACAAGAUAUAUUACCACGGAGGUCUACAAAGUGCUGAGACUAAUGAUUUUAUCCCAAAUAUUUUACAUUCUUCGGAUAUAAUAAAAUUAUCUAAAAUUUUCACCGACUCCGAUUUUUUUUCAUUUCCAUAUCAUAACGCAUUUCAUAUAAGAAGUAAUAAAAUAUAUUUUUUCGGUGGUCAACGGACUGAUGAUAAUGAAUCAAUUUUUGGAAGAUAUGACAUUAAAAAUCGUAAUUGGAAAGUCUUUAAAAAUUCAACUGAAAGUCCAUUUAAUUUAGAGGAUCAUUCAUGCGUGAUGGCAAAUAACGGCUUAUUCGUGAUUUUUGGUGGAAAAAUUCUUGUAUCAGGCGCUAGUGUCUACUCAAAAGAUAUUUAUAUCGCAAACACUAAUUCUGAACAUUGGGGCAAUAACUGGAUUAACCCGAUUUUUACUUACGGGCCAGGACCAAGAGCAUUCCAUUCAGCGACAAUUCUUCCGGAUGGUAGAAUGGUUGUGUUGGGUGGACGAACAAACGAUUCGAUGUUCGCCCCGAUGUCGGAAAUUUGGGUAUAUAAUAUCGAUAUGAAUGAAUGGCAAAAUAUUGUGGCAAAUGGGGAUAUUCCAAGUCCAAGAAGUGGACAUUCCACAAUAUUAACAUCGGACAAUAAAAUUAUUAUAUAUGGUGGUACAUCCGAUGUUAAUUUGUCACAACCAUUGGCAGUACUCGAUACUUCGGUUUGGAUGUGGUCGCAGAAAAAAAUUAUUAGUUCAAUUGAGAGAUAUUGCUACACAACUAAUACAGUCUGUAAACAAUUAAUAAUCACUUUUGGGAAUGAACCAAAGAUUGAUCCACUUAACGACAUUACCAUUCUUAAUAUAACGAUUUGGGCAAUUAAUACCACUUCUAAAUCAGAAAUAUUGUCUAUUAAUGAGGAAAUGUCACCAUCAAGUGAUCAAAAAGUUUUUGCUAAAAGAUCUAUUUACAAUAAUAAUAAUGAAGGAACCAUGAUUAUUGUUAUCAUUGUCGGGAUAACUGUUAUUUUUGCUGGUACCUUUGCCUACCUUUUAUAUCUUUGGCUUAAUAAAAGAAGAAAACGCAGACAAAAACGAAACGUCCAAUCGAAAAGACAUACAGCAGCAGACGACAUCGCAAUGCUAUUAGGAUUUUUUGGAAAAUCUUUAGAACCAAGCACCGCUCCAGGAUUAGAAUUAGAUUCAAUAAUAGUUCCUGAAUCUAAUUAUUCACAAUCUAUUAACGAUUCAGGAACUGGAACCCCAUUGUCAUCAAAAUCACCACUGUCUUUAUUAUCCGCAAAUCAAGUUGACCAUUCGUCAAUAUCUCAUUUAACUCGUAAGCCAACAAUACCGCACAAGCCACUAUCAAUUCCUCAACCUAUAAUGGAAAUACCUUCACGAUCAGCAUCUUCACUAUCACAUCCUGUUUCACGGACACCAACGCCAUCUACAUCAUCAGAUUCAUCUCGAAAACAGUCACGAUUAAUAAUAGACGAUGGUCUCUUAGUAAGACCACGUCAAGUUUAUAAAAUCAAUUCAAGAACGCUCAGACGUGAGUUGAAGUGA